UAUUGACAAUAUUAGACGCAAACUAUAUCAAACAUAUUUAAAAUGAAAGUUUUUAAUUUUAUACUUAUAUUGGCCAGUUUCAUAAGUUUAAGUAUGGGAAAACCAUGUUUAGAUCUUUUUUCGGACAUGCUUUCAACAAAUCCAUUAGAGCAUGUAUCUGGAUUGUCACCACCUUUACAAACAAAUCCAUUCUUGAGCAUGGCUUCAAAAUUACCUUUCUCUUCAUCAGCAUUAGCACAAUCAUUUCUACCACCACAUCACUUGGGUACUCAACCAUCAUCACUUCUGCCUAAUCCAAACAGUUCACUACAAGCUGCUCUUUUAUCAAGCCCAUAUAGUCAACUAUUAAGUUCUACGUUACCGAAUUCAAGUUCUGCAUUAGCACUUAAUUGAUAUAUUUUAUUUUAUUCGCACAUAUUAUUUUUGUUUUCCCUAUGAACGAAUGAUGACCAGUUUCAUAGAAGAAUAAUUUUUAC